AUGGAUGCCGUAGAGAACCAGCCUGUCUUCGGACCCGGAGAAGACUGUAAGCAGGGAUGGACGGACGCCUCUGCGGAUUUUGACGAGGAUGACGAGUGCCUGGAAAUCAUGGGAAAGCCCGUCAUGGAGCGGUGGCAGACGCCUUACAUGCACAAACUGGCGAAGAUCGCAUGCUGCAAAGGUGGACGUAUCCUUGAAAUCGGUUUUGGCAUGGGGAUAGCUGCUGGUGAGAUCGCGCAACAUGACAUAGAGGAACACUGGAUCAUCGAGUGUAACGACGGUGUUUACGAGAGGCUGCAGACGUGGGCCGAGAAACAGAAGCACAAGGUUGUUCCACUGAAGGGUAUGUGGCAGGAGAUUGUUCCGACUUUACAAGAUGGAAUCUUCGAUGGUAUUCUGUACGACACGUACCCCCUGUCGGAGUUGGAGUGGCACACUCACCAGUUUGAUUUCAUCGGUAAACACGCCUGGGGGUUACUGAAGCCUAGCGGAGUGCUCACGUACUGCAACCUCACCUCCUGGGGGGAGCUACUCAAGAACACGUACGACAACAUAGAAACCAUGUUCAAGGAGACCCAGAUGUUUCACCUGAAGAAGGCAGGCUUUAAGAAAGAGAACAUCUCGUGGGAAGUCAUCUCUAACAGGCCACCCAGGGACUCCAAGAAAUACCAGUUCCCACUCAUGAUCGCACCAAAGUGUAUAAAAGGCUAAUUCAGUUCAGUUCAACCUUGUACGAGGUACAUUCAAGAUGUUUAUCCAGACACUUCUGUCUAGCUUUUAAUCGACGCCAUUUUUAAUAUAUACAGACUUAGAUAGUUCGAUGAAGAUUUGACAUCCAGGUAAUAACAGUUACUCACUGACAACUGGAUAUAAUUUUGGUUUUGGAAACGUUCAUAUAGCAUCCACCACAUUUUCCUGUAUUUAACAUUUCAUUGUAUUAGGUUUGACAAAGCAAUUUUUAUAUCUGUAUGGGGUAGGGUUAAUCAAAGGGGAUAUUUAAACAAAUAGCAGUGACAACAAAACAAGUCUUAGAAAUAAAAUGUCUGUUUCGGCCUAUUUGUAAAAUAUGUUGUAAUAAGAAAAUGUGACACAAUAGGUUGAAGAUAGCCUGACUAAAUCUGCGCUCCUAGCGGCCGGCCCGGUAUUACACCAGCCCCCCUAUUAUUUCAUUUCUCAAUAUUUUAUGAUUAUUUAUGAUAUCUUAGACUCAUUUUAUCAUACAUCUUACGGUUGGAAAUUUGAAAGUUACUAGUAUUGGA